AAUAAAUCAAAUCGUGGUUAAAGUUAAUUUUUUUUUAUAGAAAUACGUUUACUACUUGGCACAAUGAAACCUUCAAACAUAAAAUCCAUAUCGGUUGUGAUUUUUUUGGAUGUGACUCUUGUUUUUUCGAACGCGAUAUUUGCGCAAGAUGAUUUGACAAUGUAUGAACCGUUACCGGGCGAAAUUCCCUCUCUCAUAUCCCUAAUGUCCAAGUUAGACGACAACCGCAACUGCGUAGGGGUUCUGAUUACUCGUUGGCACACGAUGACCUCUUGCAGUUGCUUGAUCGCUCCGACCCAAGCAAUCAAGGAGAGCAAGCAUGUACCGGACAGAUAUAUUCUCGUCGCUGGUAUCACGACCAUCGUCAAUGUAAAAGCAAAGGGUCAGAUAAGAAAAAUCAAGUUAUUUGUUAUACAUCCAGACUGCGAAAAAGACGGAAAAUUGGUCAAGUACGACAUAGGAAUUGCUGUUUCAGAAAGACCUUUCGAUUUAGGAAAAUAUGUGCACACUGUCAAAAUUCCGUUUACAUUGGAGGCCCACAAACAAUCCCAAUUCUUCAACUCCAUGUUAUCUCAAAGAAAAUCUGCAACUGCAACCCUGGUGUCUUGGUACAAAGCUAAUAAUAAAAAUCCGAGCCUGGUAUUCGUUCGGAUGAACGUUGACCAAUACAGUGCAGUGUGCAAAAAUUACACCGAAAGAACAAACAUUUUCAGAGCACGAAGGCGAAGAACACAGAUACACGUGUGUCAAUUUCCAAACGGAGUUUUGCCCAAACUUUGACGAAGCCGCAAUAUUUUCAGAUGACCACGUGUUUUUCGGCGUGGUUACAGGGAUAAAAGAACGUAUUUGUCGCAACAAUCCCAUUUUCUUUACUAACAUAGACACGACACUGGAAUGGAUCGUUCAUAUUGUAGGCAAAGGAAAUGUACCGGAAUUUAAACCUUCCAUAAUUCUUCUGGUCAUAUUGUUAUAUUCUUUCGUCCUAAAUAAACAAAUCAAUAUUUGAAA